AUGGCCUUCUUUCUAGGAGCUCUUGGCUAUUCCUAUUUCUGGAUCAUAGUUGUCGUAGCACUCACUGUAACUAAAAGUUAUUUGUGGAAACAAAGAGAGAAACGGCUGAUUGCACUUCGGACGACAGCAACACGGGAACGUGAUGUGAUUCUAGCACAAUUGCAAGAUCUUCCCGCAUGGGUACAGUUCCCGGAUACGGAAAGAGUUGAAUGGAUGAAUAAGGUAAUCCAUCAACUAUGGCCGUAUGUUGGAGAAUAUGCCAAGGUGUUCUUGACUGACUUCAUCAUUCCUCAGGUUAAGGCCCAAAUGCCGUCGAUGUUUAAGAAUUUUAAAUUUACCAAGAUGGACAUGGGGGAUAUUCCUUGCCGUGUAGGAGGGAUCAAGGUCUAUACUACCAAUGUGGGCAGAGAUCGAAUCAUAGUCGAUAUGGAUGUUGCAUAUGCUGGUGAUGCAGAUUUUACCGUAUCCUGUUGUGGAUUUACCGGUGGAAUGAAUAAUCUACAGGUACUGUAAU